AUGUCUCUCACGAACCUCGAUCUCAUAAACCAAUGCGACGGCUUUCCGUAUCCCGACGUCAACUCGGAAACAUACAUCGCGUCCAUCAACACGUACUACCAAUUGCGCGUCUCGGGCUACAACUAUGCGCUGGGUUAUAUGCUCCCCUCCGUUGUCGAAGUUUUCCGCGGGGUGCCUGGAUGGGAGAUCGACGACGAUGCUCGCGUCCUCCAUCUCACAGCCGGAUCCAACGUAGACGAGCGGUCGAAAGCGGUAGAAACGACACUAUUGGCUAUGCGGCAGACAGGUCACUUCAAAGUGUUGGACAAGUGGCGGAACGAGCUGUAUGCUGUGUAUGGGCUGGGGAAGGAGCUGUUGUUCAACGUGGAAAGAAGUGCUAGUUGCCUGUUCGGCGUGGUUACCUACGGUGUGCAUCUUACGGCAUUCACGAGGAAAGACGGGGAACUAAAGAUCUGGACGCCGAGACGGGCGCGGACAAAGCAGACGUAUGGAGGGAUGCUUGAUAACGCGGUUGCAGGCGGCAUCGCAUCAGGUGAGUCGCCGUUCGAGAGUCUUGUGAGGGAGUGUGGAGAGGAAGCUUCGCUCGACGAGGAUUUUGUUCGGGCAAAUGCGAAGGCGUGCGGCACAGUCACAUACUGGUACAUCCGAGACGAAAGGGCAGGAGGAGAGACGAACCUGAUGCAGCCCGAGGUUCAAUAUGUCUACGAUCUCGAGCUUCCCGAAGACACAAUCCCGAAGCCAGGCGAUGACGAGGUCGAAGAGUUUUACUUGUGGAGUGUGGAGGAAGUGCAAGAAGGGAUGAAGAAAGGCGAAUUCAAGCCGAACUGCGCGCUGGUUGUGCUCGACUUUCUGGUCCGCCACGGCAUUCUGACAACGGAGAACGAGCGCGACUACAUUGAGAUUGUGAGUCGACUGCACAGGAAGCUAGAGUUCCCUACACUGUGA